UACUAGUCCGGGUCAUCCGGGAGGUAGAAGGAGGGAGGGGAACACACUACUGAUUGCAACAUUGUAAGACCAGCAAGAGAUGGCGAAACCACUCAGCACCAUCAUCAUUAUCAUCAUUAUCAUCAUAACAAUCAUACUACUCACACCAUGUCGGACUUAUAUUAUGUAUUCAAUGAGACUGUCGUGCUCAGUUACUUCGUCCACCCGACGAUUUUGCCUUGCGCUACCACCAUCAUCCACUCCCCUUCUUUCAUGACUACCACUGUGUGACGAUGGCUCGGUAUCCGCGCUUACUUUCUUUUCUGUUGGGAGAGGGGGAACAUGGG